CCUCCUCUAUCCCGUCCUGCUUUGCGGCGCAGGGGCAAGAUGGCUGCUGAGAAGCAGGUUCCUGCCGGCGGCGGUGGUAGCAGCAGCGGCGGUAGCGGUGGUGGACGCGGUGCCGGAGGAGAGGAAAAUAAGGAAAACGAACGGCCUUCAGCUGGAUCGAAGGCAAACAAAGAAUUCGGAGACAGCCUGAGUUUGGAGAUUCUUCAGAUUAUUAAGGAAUCCCAGCAGCAGCAUGGUUUACGGCAUGGAGAUUUUCAGAGGUACAGAGGCUACUGUUCCCGUAGACAAAGACGUCUUCGGAAAACACUCAACUUCAAGAUGGGGAACAGACACAAAUUCACAGGGAAAAAAGUAACUGAAGAUCUUCUGACCGAUAACAGAUAUUUGCUUCUGGUUCUGAUGGAUGCUGAGAGAGCCUGGAGCUAUGCCAUGCAGCUCAAACAGGAAGCCAACACUGAACCUCGAAAACGGUUCCACUUGUUAUCUCGCCUACGCAAAGCUGUGAAGCAUGCGGAGGAGUUGGAACGCUUGUGUGAGAGCAAUCGUGUGGACGCCAAGACCAAGUUGGAGGCUCAGGCUUACACAGCUUACCUCUCAGGAAUGCUGCGGUUUGAACAUCAAGAAUGGAAAGCCGCCAUUGAGGCUUUUAACAAAUGCAAGACUAUCUAUGAGAAGCUGGCCAGCGCUUUCACAGAGGAGCAGGCUGUGCUGUACAACCAGCGUGUGGAGGAGAUCUCGCCCAACAUCCGCUACUGUGCAUAUAACAUUGGGGACCAGUCAGCUAUCAAUGAACUCAUGCAGAUGAGAUUGAGGUCAGGGGGCACUGAGGGUCUCCUGGCUGAAAAAUUGGAGGCGUUGAUCACGCAGACUCGAGCCAAGCAGGCAGCCACCAUGAGUGAAGUGGAAUGGAGAGGCAGAGCGGUCCCGGUGAGGAUCGACAAAGUGAGGAUCUUUUUACUGGGAUUGGCCGACAAUGAGGCAGCCAUCGCCCAGGCUGAAAGUGAAGAAACCAAGGAGCGUCUGUUUGAAUCCAUGCUCAGUGAGUGUCGGGACGCCAUCCAGGCCGUUCGGGAAGAGCUCAAGCCAGAUCAGAAACAGAGAGAUUAUACCCUUGAAGGGGAAUCGGGGAAGGUGUCUAAUCUUCAGUACCUGCACAGCUACCUGACUUACAUCAAGCUGUCAACAGCGAUCAAGCGGAACGAGAACAUGGCUAAAGGCCUGCAGAAGGCAGUGCUGCAGCAGCCGCCGGAGGACGACAGCAAGCGCUCCCCCCGGCCCCAGGACCUGAUCCGGCUCUAUGACAUCAUUCUUCAGAAUCUGGUGGAAUUGCUCCAGCUUCCUGGCUUAGAGGAGGACAGAGCCUUCCAGAAAGAGAUAGGCCUUAAAACUCUGGUCUACAAGGCUUACAGGUGUUUCUUCAUCGCUCAGUCCUAUGUGCUGGUGAAGAAGUGGAGCGAAGCCCUUGUCCUGUACGACAGGGUCCUGAAAUAUGCAGAUGAGGUGAAUUCUGAUGCCGGAGCCUUCAAGAACAGCCUAAAGGACCUGCCUGACGUGCAAGAGCUCAUCACGCAAGUGAGGUCGGAAAAGUGCUCUCUGCAGGCGGCCGCAAUCCUGGGUGAGCCGCCUGCCUGUUCUCUGCGGCCUGUCUUCUCAGACUCCCCUUCACUGCUGCUCCUCUUCUCUCCCACCCCCUAUGCCACUGUUUUAAGAUUGAAAGGGGCUGUUUUGGUUAAUCUAUACAAAUGAUUCCCACCAAACAGAGACCUCUUUCCAAGUCAAGGACAAUAAGCCCCUGGUCGAACGGUUUGAGACAUUCUGCCUGGACCCUUCCCUCGUCACCAAGCAAGCCAACCUCGUGCACUUCCCGCCGGGAUUCCAGCCCAUCC